AAAUUAAAGUGAAGCAUACGUAAUUAGUGCUAAUUAAAAUGACACCCGCGUUUUUGGUUUUGUUGAAUUAGUGAUAGUUAGAUCUUCAAUCUUCAUCACUACACUUCCACACCCCCCAUGUGACUUUCUUUCAUGUUCACAUUAAUCACUAUACAUACUUUCCAUUCUUAUAUGUCUGUAACUUUACUUCAAUAAAUCACAAACAGAACAAAAAGGGUUCAUUCAUUCAUUCCAUUCCAAAAUGGCGCGGAUUAAAUGAGCGUUUUUUUUUGCAGGAAACCUACAAUGAAGACUAUUUUCUUCAAUGGGUUUUCGUUUUUGUUGCUGAUUUUUGUUGUUUUACUUUCUUUGAGCUCGAUUUCAGCUUUAUCUUCAACUGGGUCAAUUAAUCACCACAACAAGUUUUUCAUAGAUGGAGGAGAUGUGAAUUUGGGUUCAUUGCAAAAUGAAGCCACACAAGUGGCUCCAGCACCAGGGCCUCAAGGUCAGAAUACUCUUAUUCUGGCCGCAAAUAGGACUAAUAGACCUGAUGUUCUUCGAGGUUUUCAUCGUUAUCACGGUGGUUGGGAUAUUUCAGAUCGACAUUAUUGGGCUUCAGUUGGAUUCACCGGUGCCACAGGUUUCAUUCUUGCUGUCUUAUGGUUCGUCUCAUUUGGCUUGGCACUUGUGAUUCAUCUAUGCUGUGGAUGGGGGAUUAACAUCAAGGACAAAGGAUCUAAUCGCUCACAAAGGAUUUGUCUUAUAUUGCUUUUAAUAUUCACCUUUGCCGCAGCGACUGGAUGUAUCCUCCUUUCUGUUGGGCAGAAUAAGUUCCACGGCGAGGCCUUGGAUACCCUCCAUUUUUUUGUCAAUCAAUCAGACUAUGCAGUGCAGACUCUAAGAAAUGUCACAGAGUAUCUUUCCCUUGCAAAAACAAUCUAUGUUAACCAGAUACCCCUUCCAUCUGAUGUCCUGGAUGGUAUUGAUAAGUUGAAUGUGGAUCUAAAUACUGCAGCAGAUACACUUUCUGAGAAGACAGAUGAAAAUUCUGUUAAGAUUAGAAGAGUAUUCAAUAAUGUGCGACUGGCUCUGUUUGUUAUGGCAGGAGUGAUUUUUAUCUUGGCUCUAACUGGACUAGUCCUAUCUCUCCUUGGAUAUCAACACGCAAUCAUCUUAUUUGUUAUCACUGGAUGGUUACUGGUUGCAACCACAUUCAUUCUUUGCGGAGUAUUCAUGAUCCUUAAUAAUACAAUUUCUGAUACCUGCAUGGCUAUGGGAGAAUGGGUAGAAAAUCCACACAGAGAAUCUGCUCUUAGCGACGUCCUUCCAUGUGUCGAUCAGAGAACAACAAACAAAACACUUACUCAAAGCAAACAAGUUGUCACCAAUAUUGCAAGUAUUGUCAACACGGCCAUCUAUAGUUUUGCAAACGUAAAUGUAACACAAGGUAAUCCAGGUUUUUACAAUCAGUCUGGGCCUUUUAUGCCGACACUAUGCUAUCCCUUUGACGAUCAACUACGAGAACGGCAAUGCGGAAGCCAAGAAGUUUCUUCUGCCAAUGCUUCAAUGGUCUGGAAGAAUUAUGUAUGUGAGGUAUCUGAAUCGGGUAUUUGCACUACAGUUGGUAGGGUGACCCCAGAAAUUUACGAGCAAUUCGCAGCCGCAGCUAAGGAAAGCUAUGCAUUGGAACAUUAUGCUCCACUCUUACUUAGCCUUCAGAAUUGCAAUUUUGUCAGGGAUGCAUUCACUGGAAUAACUUCAAGUUACUGUCCUCCAUUAAAGCAUUACCUCAAGAUUAUUAAUGUAGGACUGGGACUCAUUUCAGUCGGUGUUCUGCUCUGCCUUGUUCUGUGGAUACUAUAUGCAAACCGCCCCCAAAGGGGAGAAGUGUCUGUGAAGCUAUCCUUAAAAGAAAAAAUAAAGAGCAGAUUUAACAAGAACCAGAAUAGCACAAAUUUAGUAUUGCCAAAUGCAAUUAGUGAAGUAUAGAUUGUAAAAUAGAAUAUUUGUUGAUAAAGAAGCAAGCUACUAUUGUUUUUACUGUACUCUAUAUACUAAAGGAAGAAGCAAAGGUGGAGCGAAGCUGCCGCCUGAGUUCGAAGUUAAUAGAAAAAGCUAGUGUACUACUUAGUUUGUUCAUAUAUAUAUAUAAUACUUGUCAUUUUCUUGUUUA